AUGAAGAAAGUAGACGAACCAGUCUCUGCUUCACAAUCAGUUUACAUCCCGCAUCAUGCGGUGAUUCGCGAGCAUAGCAGCACCACGCGGUUGCGCGUCGUGUUCAAUGCAUCUCAGUCGACAUCGAACGGCUCUUCACUUAACGAUCAUCUCAUGAUCGGUCCUAAGUUACAAACCGACCUUCGUUCGGUAAUUCUUCGAUGGCGACAACAUCGUUAUGUUUUCACUGCCGAUAUCGCAAAAAUGUAUAGGCAGAUUCAAGUCGAUCCGCGAGAUCAAGAUUAUCAGCGCAUCUUAUGGCGCUCUUCAUCAUCCGAAGCGAUGCAAGACUACCGCUUGCUUACUGUUACUUACGGUAUGGCGUGUGCUCCAUACCUCGCUCUUCAUACGAUUCAGCAAUUGACGCAAGACGAAGGCGCUCAAUUUCCUCUUGCUCAAUCAGUUUUACGCAAUCAAAUCUAUGUCGAUGAUUGCAUCUUCGGCGCGGAUGACAAGUCGCUUGCAAGGCAAAUCCGCAAUCAAUUAAUUUCAUUGUUACAAAAAGGUGGAUUCCUCCUCCGUAAGUGGGCAAGCAACUGCCUUACGUUACUCAACGACCUACCGGUCAAUGAAAAGAGUCUCAGUCAAGGCAAAAUUCUACAAAGCGACGAAAGUUUCAAAGUCUUAGGCGUCACGUGGUUCCCUGCUACCGAUACAUUUCAAUUCUCAGUCGAAGUUACAGCAACGGUCCCCGAUUCGAAACGGAAAAUUCUGUCUACUAUAGCAAAAUUAUUUGACCCACUCGGGUGGCUUGUUCCGGUCAUAAUUACUGCCAAAAUUAUCAUGCAACAAUUGUGA